ACACUACUUUUGAUUCAACAACACCAUGAGUGCAGGCACCCAGUCCUCGCUGCUACAGCGCGGCCUGCAGUUCCUGGAGGAGAAUGACGAGAAGAGGGCAGGCAUGUGGCUUGUGUGGCUGUUUCUCAUACUAGUGCGCUGGAUGGUGGGCCUCCACUCGUACUCGGGCGAGCACACGCCGCCAAUGUUCGGUGACUACGAGGCGCAACGCCACUGGAUGGAGAUCACUAUUAACCUGCCAAUUUCGGGCUGGUACUUCAACACUACGUCCAACGAUCUGCUGUACUGGGGGCUGGACUACCCGCCAUUGACCGCCUACGUUUCGUACCUCUUCGGACGCGCCGCCUCCGUCAUGGAGCCAGCCAUGGUGGAGCUCACGAACUCAAGAGGGUAUGAGUCGGCGGCGAGCAAGGUAUUCAUGCGCUCGUCUGUGCUAUUGUGUGAUAUCGCUCUAUUUAUUCCAGCGAUCCUCUAUAUGGCACGAGCACUCUAUGGCAACGAACAGUGGAGGCGACGUACUACAUUCGUACUGCUGAUUUUGCUGCAGCCGGCAAUCUUGCUCAUUGACCAUGGCCACUUCCAGUACAACAACGUGUGUCUAGGCUUUACGGCUUUGGGCGUGGCGCUGAUCCUGCAGGGGCAUGAAUUCCUUGGCAGUAUCUGCUAUUGUCUCGCGCUGAACUUCAAGCAAAUGGCGCUUUAUUAUGCCCCGUCAUUUGGAGUGUUUCUUCUUGCACGCUGCCUCUAUCGGAAGAUGUGCGUUCUCCAUCUACUUAAGCUUGCGGUCGCGGUAAUUGCUACCUUCGCGUUGAUGUGGUCCCCAUUUUGCGCUUAUCCAUCGCAAGAGGAGACUUGUUUAUCCACGAUAGCACAAGUUGUUCAGCGUAUUUUUCCAUUUGGCCGAGGCCUCUUCGAGGAUAAAGUGGCCAACUUCUGGUGCAUCGUCGACUUUGUUCUCAAGAUUCGGCGGCAUGUGACCCCCGCACUGCAAAUGCGCUUGUGCACUGCGAUGACCUUUAUCGGAUUUUUACCAUCGAUCAUUGACUUGUUACGGCGGAAGCCAACAAACCUGCGAUUUGUGCUAUCACUUGCUAUCUGUUCAUUAUCAUUCUUCUUGUUUUCUUUUCAAGUCCACGAAAAGACAAUCUUGUUGCCAUUGCUGCCUAUUUCGUUCCUUUUUGCGCACAACGCGCUUCUCUCAGGAUGGUUCAGCGUGCUAUCAACUUUCAGCAUGUACUUCCUUCUAAAGAAAGAUGGUCUGGUCCUUCCGUACAUCGUAUUACAGCUUGCUUAUGUGGGCGUAGCGGUGGCACCAUUUCUUACGUCGGGGACUUCAAAGCACCUUCACGUUCAGCAAAGCGACGUUGCACCUGGUUACAAGCAGGAUGGCAGCGCUCAUCCGCUCUUCCGGGCGUAUGUCAUGGUAAUAAUCGUUCCUCUGCAAUUGCGUUCUUGAAGAAGUAUUUAAUCGCCAUCGCGUGUUGUAGCUUUCACUCCUAGGGAUCAUUGUCAUCCAUGCCGCGCAAGUGUGGAUUACUCCGCCUGCGAGAUAUCCGCACAUCCACGACUACGUUUUUGCUGCAUAUUCCUGUGGUCAUUUCCUGUUGGUUCUUGGUUAUCUGACGUACUGGCAGUGGACUGCAGGUACACAGUGCAAGACCAAGAAAGAGUAACCAAACUAAGAUCAUAGAAAUGUAGCUGUCACCCGACGUGCAUACACUUCAUUUGUUCAUGUC